GAACAAAUUCAACCCACAAAAAUCUCACAAAAGAAAAACACUAGUCACACAAAGAAGAAAACUUGAAAACAAGCCUUUAUUACUUCCUUUUUUUUUCUUCUUUUCUUUUCUUUUCUUUUCAAAGUCAUGCCUCAUUCUCUCGCAUACCCUAUUUAAUCAAUCAAUCUUCCCUCCCAAGGUUUUAAUUCUACCACUCUUAACCAAACUCAAAAACCCUAGAUUCUCUCUUCACAAUCAUUUCAUUCUUCGAGUUCUUCACCCUAAAGAUACUCAAAAAUUUCCCAUCACAAAAUCACACCCUUUUCAAUUUUUCAUCUGCUUCUGCUAUUUUCCCAUUCAGAAGUUUCGUAAAUUUCAUAAAUCCCUAAUUUCUUUACGUGGGUCUCUUAAAAAUCACACCUUUUGCUCUUUGAUCACGAAUGGGUAUAACCAAAUUCAAUUCAUGAACUCGUAUUUUCUCAUCAAAGAAACGAUUUUUUUCAAAAGGGUUGAAUUUUCUGAGAUUAUUGCGUGUUGGGUUUGAAUGAUUUUGUUUGUUUGUUUCUGAAAAACAGUUUACAGUUACAGAAGCAACAAUGUCGGAUGACAUGCUUGUGCAUUUUUCGUCGAAUUCUUCUAACCAAUCGGAUCAGUCUCUGCCUACAAAGAUUGCUAAGCUUGAAGCUCGAAUGGUUGGAAAAGGUUCUUCUUCUGCUUCUCAGCAACAAGGUUGGUCUUCUGUUUCUUCAGCUGGGAAAUUCAGUGGAGCAGUUGAAGAUUUGGUUGAACCUUGUACUUCAAGUGACUCCGAUGAUGAUAAUGGCGGGGAGUUCUUGAUUCAAGCCAACACGCGUAAGCGCCCAAAACCUGAAAAUGAUACUGCUGAUGUUUUUGAACGUGCUGAGUUGCAAUCUGCUGUUACUGAUGGAAGACAGGCUAGUUUGGAGGCCGUGGAGACAAAAAAUAAUGUCGAAGCAAAUAGAAAGAGAUCUGGUCGUGGAAGAGGGAGUUCUGGUUCAGGUAGGGGUCGUGGAUCCAAAAGUAAUGAUCAAACCAGAUCACAAAUUUCUCCCCCAACAGUUUCUGCUUCAAAUGGUCAGAAUGAGAAUAAAGAUGGUAGAAUCAAAGAUCAGUUUCAUAAUGAUAAUAGUGCUUCAUUAGAGGAGGAGGUUGCAUCUUUACGUGCAAGAAUUGUUGUGUUGGAGGAAGACUUGCGUAAAGCAAAGCUAGAAAACUCUGAGAAUCAGAAUGUUCGUCAGCAGUUGGAAAUGGAACUGAAGGAACUGAAAGCUCUUGAACAACAAAUGAAGCCUAAGAGAACAAAAAUAAUAUCUGAUUUGCUGAUAUCAGUUUCAAAGGCUGAAAGACAAGAAGCAAGGCUAAAAGUACGACAAGACUCAUUGAGGCUUGGAAAUGUUGGUGUACUCAGAGCUGGUACUAUCAUAUCGGAGACAUGGGAAGAUGGUCAGGCGUUAAAGGAUCUUAAUGCCCAGCUUAAACAACUAAUAGAAUCAAAAGAGGCAGUUGAGCGCCAGCGGAAGCUGUUCAAGAAAAAACAAUCAGAUAAGAGUGAAGGAAUAGAUGCAGAGGCUGGAAUGCUGGAAGAUAUUAUUCUCAUGCACGAGGAAAUCUAUAAGUGUCGACUAGCCAGCAUUAAACGGGAAGAAGAAAUUGUUUUGCGAGAGAGGGACCGCUACGAACUAGAGAAGGGCAGACUAAUUCGUGAAAUGAAACGCAUACGGGAUGAAGAUGGUUCACGGUUCAACAACUUUCAGAUUCUAAACCAUCGUUAUGCCCUUCUAAACCUUCUCGGAAAGGGAGGAUUCAGCGAGGUGUACAAGGCUUUUGACUUGGUGGAGCAUAGAUAUGUUGCCUGCAAACUUCAUGGUUUAAAUGCUCAAUGGAGUGAAGAGAAGAAGCAAAGUUACAUAAGGCAUGCACUUCGAGAGUAUAAUAUUCACAAGACAUUGGUUCACCCUCACAUUGUUCGCUUAUGGGACAUCUUUGAGAUUGAUACGAAUACAUUCUGCACGGUGCUAGAGUAUUGUAGUGGGAAAGAUCUUGAUGCUGUUCUUAAAGCAACGCCUACAUUGCCUGAGAGGGAGGCUAAGGUCAUUUUAAGUCAGAUUUUCCAUGGCCUUGUUUACAUGAAUAAAAGAACACUGAAGAUUAUUCAUUAUGAUUUAAAGCCUGGAAAUGUUUUGUUUGAUGAACUUGGGAUCGCUAAAGUGACUGAUUUUGGUCUUAGCAAGAUAGUGGAGAAUGACGUGGGAUCCCAGGGUAUGGAACUUACAUCCCAGGGUGCUGGAACAUAUUGGUAUUUGCCUCCUGAAUGCUUUGAGCUCAGCAAGACACCACUUAUAUCAUCCAAGGUUGAUGUCUGGUCUGCUGGUAUUUUGUUUUAUCAAAUGCUCUUUGGCAGACGUCCUUUCGGACACGACCAAACACAAGAGAGAAUACUUCGUGAAGACACGAUCAUUAAGGCACGCAAAGUUGAAUUUCCCUCUAGGCCUACUAUUUCUAGUGAGGCAAAGGAUUUUAUUCGGCGAUGUCUUACAUAUAACCAGGCCGAGAGACCAGAUGUGUUAACCAUUGCUCAAGAUCCAUAUCUCACUUACACAAAAAAGUAAUGAUGAUCAUUGACUUGGCUUUGUUACCUUCACCCCACGAAAAAAGUAUACGGGGAUUUCAUCUUCUAACUUCGGUCACUAAAAUAUCUGUCAGAAUUUGUACAGGUUGUAAAUUUUUUUUUUAUCUUGAAUGAGUCAGAGAAAGAAUGUUUCCUCACUCUGAAAGGAUCAAAGGAAGUCUUGUUGUCUUCAUGCAUUUAACAUUUGGUUCAAAAUGUUGGAGUAUCAAAAGGCAAGUUGGUUUUACUUGACCUUAAAAGGGUCAUGAUGAUGUAUAGGUUGGUGAGAAGGUUUUCCAGAUUUUUUAGUACUCUUCUUGCCACCAAAUUAUAGGAUUUUAAUUCAUAUUGAUAUUGAUUGGCUGCCAUUUUAAAGAUAUUUUGUUGAA